AAUAAGGAAAUAAGCUCAGAGUUCAGCUACAGCAAAACAAACCCAGAGGAGUCCUGGAAAGGAAAGUUUUUAACUCUGGGUUUUGCUGUUUUAUCAUUGGUGUGGAAAGGUUUUCACCUACUAGGAUCAGUCAAACAACAGAAACUAUGUCAUGAGCUAAAGACGCCGAAAGAGCAGCAUUCGCCAGUGACUAACGAGAAAUUUCAGAAUCCAUAACACUGAAUCAUGUUGGGGAAAAAAUUGGUGACCUCACAGAAGCGAGGGGAGACCAGGGCAUUAUGCCUGGGACUAGGAAUGGUUGCAUGCUCAGUGAUGAUGUACUUUUUUAUUGGGAUCACAAUUAUGCCAUCCUACACAAACAGCGUUUGGACCGAAGAAACUACGUGCAAACUGCUCAAAACCAACAUCAAGGACAAAGUCCAAUGCUCAUUCAACAAUGGUGCAGGUGACGAAAACAUUUUCCAGUAUCCUUGUCUAGAGGUGUUGGUUGAUUUUAACUUCUCAGGAAAAGAAGUUAUGCUCUAUCAUAAUGAAGAAACACAGGAAAGAAAUCCCAAGUGCUCCUAUAUUCCACGAGACUUGAAGAACGACAAAGAAGUUAAAAUGCUAAUAGAAACUGCCGCAGAAAAUUUCCGAAAUCAUCAGACUUUCCCUUGUUAUUACGACCCAGAAAAAAGACAGAAAAGUGUCAUUUUAAUAAGGUUAUAUCCUCCAAAGGGCCUUUUCUUCGCUUUCCUCUGGCCUUCCCUUAUGUUGACUGGUGGAGUUCUGAUUAUCAUCAUGGUAAAAGUCAGUCAAUAUGUUUCUGUACUUUCUGCUUGGCAAUACAAAACAAACAUAUAAAUGCUCCACAACAAAACAAGCUGAAGUUUCUUUUCCCCACACUCUGCCUUCUAAGUCUGUAUUUUGCAAUUCUUAAAAUGUACCAUGUUCAGCGGUCAGAGUUCUAGAGAAGAGAUAUGUUGUCUGAGUUUAUAUACCAUGGAUUACCAUGAGUUAGAUAUAAAAUAAGACGCAUCUGUGGAUCCCAGGGAUUGCAUGGGAACUAUUCAAAGCUUUUUUGGUGGUAUUUUUUUGUUUUGUUUGUUUUCAUGCAUCAGUCAGUUUCUUGAGGGGUUUGAAUGUUUUUUGUUUUACAGAAAGUAGGUUAAAAAUUCAGCAUUCAAGUUUGCUGACAAAGAGCACGUUGCACAUUUGGGGUUUGAUUUUCAGAAAGUCGAGGCCAGACAUCUAAAUGCAUCCUUCCGUAACAACUUCACCUACAUAAUUACUGGAACUAUGUACAUACACGACAACAUCCUUUACUUGAGUUUGAAGAAGAGCUGAUUGCACACAGUACACAAAGAUAUGUGCAGAAACGUGCAUGAACCCUGUCACCCUUCUGAAAAAUCAAGCCAUUAGCAUUUACUUUAUAGGAUUCUAAACACUCCACAAAAAUAUAUAUGUACUUUUUAAAGAUGCAGGAUUUUUGUAAAGACUAGCUUUUGGAGUUAUGUCUCUGCUUCGGUUUAGUUUUUGAAGUAGAUGCCAGGUCUGCCUUUUAAAGUGCUCUCUUUCCUCCUGUAUCUGACAUAUAAUAUUAAAAAGUCACACCAAAGAAGAUAAAAAUGUGUAAAGAUUGUGUACUUAAAACAAUGAGCAAGUGGUGUGACCCAUGGAGCUGUAGAGAAGGAGUACAGUGAAUUCAUGUGAGCUUAAGAGAUUUGUGGGAGUGGGGAGAAAGAGAGCGCACAUCUUGCAAAGAUAUUUGCAUCAGCAAAGAAAGGUCUAGGAACUAGAAUCCAGGCUUUUGGGACUGCUCUGAUGCGUACACUGAUGGCCUGUUCUCUGAAAAUGACUGCUGCUCUCUACUCAGUUUCCAAUUCACUGCAGUAUACAAUGGGAAUCCAAAGUAUUCCAUGUGUAUUGUGUUUGACUAGCUCUCUUGAUAUGGAUAGCACAGGUAGGGUUGCCAACUUUCUAACUGCACAAAACCGAACACCCUUGCCCCACCCCUUCCACAAGGCUCUGCUUCUGCCCCUUCUCUGAGGCCCUGCCUCCCACUCACUCCAGCCCCCUCCCUCUGUCACUCGUUCUCUCCCAUCCUCACUUACAUUGGCUGGGGCGGGGGUUGGGGUGAGGGAGGGGGUGAGGGCUUCAGCUGGGGGUGCAGGCUCUGGGGUAAGGCCAGAAAUAAGGAGUUCAGGAUACAGGAGGGGGC